AUGGCAGUGAGGUCGAUAUUGCUUACUGUGCUGGUCGCUGCCCUAGCGACGUUUCUCUAUGGACGCAGCCAUGUCCUGAAGAGUUUCGUUGCCAAUGCGCCUGACCGACUGCAAAGAAUUAAUACUUUUGAAAACUAUGAGAUCAAGUUUACGGACCGCAUGCGCAACUGCGAAGAUGUCGUGCUGGUCAAGGAGCGCCAGUUGGCCAUCACCGCGUGCGACCCGGGCCGCGACAAGUGGAAUGUCGUCAUGGGAGUUAGAAUUCCAGGCGAGCUACCGCAGACCGAGCUAUUUACCUACAAUUACGCAACCUCGGGCGCCGGCGCCGGCGCACUCACGCCGUUCAAGAUGAUUGGCUUCGCCGGCGUCGGCGACUUUCGCGCGCUCGGCCUCGAGAUUGACGAGCCGAGUUCGACGCUGUUUGUGGCUAGCCACGCGCAGGCGGGCCCGCGCAUCGAGGUCUUUCAUCUCGACCUUGACGACUUCACCGCGACGCACGCCGCGACGCUCACGCACCCGCUGCUGAACCAGCCCAACUCGAUCCAGCUGCUCGGCGGCCGCCACGAGCUCUACGUCUCCAACGACCACUACUUUACCGCGCGCAAGACGCCCGUCCUCGCCAAGAUUGAGACGCUUCUGGGGCUGCCCUUUGCCAGCGUCGUGCACGUGUCGCUCGACCCGGUCGACUACGCCGUCCAGUCGGCGCGCGUUGUCGCCCGCCUGCCUUUUGCCAAUGGCGUCGCGCUCCUCAAUGACACGACCUUGGCUGUCGCGUCGUCGAGCGGGGGUGCGGUGCAUCUCUACCGCGUCGAGGCGGAUCGGUCGCUCACGCGCAAAAAGACCAAGAUUACGGUGCCUUUUUUACCGGACAACGUCUCGCUCAAAGAUGGCAAGACGCUGCUGAUUACCGGCCACCCGCAUCUGCCGAGCCUCACCGCGAUUGCGAAGAGCCGCCAUGUCUGCAACGAUGCCGAGGUGCUCGUGACGGCAAGCGACGAGAAAAAGGAAGCGUGCGCAAAGGCAAUUGGGUUGUCGUGGGUGGUGGAGUGGAGUGAGGAGCAAGGGCUGCGCAACGUCUUUGUAGAGUCCAUCUACGGCUCGAGCACGACCACGGUCUGGGAUGGCGAGGCGGGAUUUGGUCUGAUGACUGGUCUCUACGAAAAGGGUCUCUUUACAUGGAGGGUGUAG